AUGGCGUCUUGGCUCAAAGCUGCCGAAGAUUUAUUCGAGGUUGUGGAUCGAAGGGCAAAGUCUGUGGUCGAAGACCUUUCCGAAGAACAGUCUGAUUUGCAGUUGCCAGCUUCUAAUAGGAAAGGGUCGCAAGGGAAGAGAUCAAAUACAAAGAAAAAGGCUCGACAGAAACCUGUGAAAGAAGAAUCUUCUAACAAAAGAGAUGAUCAAUCUGGUCCAGGAGUAUCACAGUCAGAGUUGCCUCCAUCUAAAAGCUCUGUUUCCACUGAAGAAGCCUCUUCAUCAGGGCCUGUUUUGGAGACAAGAGAGAUUCAACAGACUGAUGCAGAUGUCCAGAGUGUUCAAUCAAUUCCACAAUCAGUGGCAGAUACAAAAAGUGACGAUGUUUCUGUGGUAGCUUCAGAAUCUGUUGUGGACGGUGAUGCCGCUGAGUCAACUUCAAAUGGCAAGCAGGUUGAUGGAGAUGCUCCCAAUGACUCUUUGGUGCAACCGUCACAAUCUUUACCUGACAAAGAAAUUGAGGUGACUGCUAGUGAGAACCUAAAUAAUGCUCCCAAAAAAGGCACAGAAGGAGAGUUAGAGGAUUCUUCAAAAAGAGACCUGGAGAAACUGGAAUCUGUAGUGCAUGUUUCUCCUUUAGGCGAAGGAACUGUGAUUCAAAGCAUAGGCGAUGAGGUGAAAGUUGGCACCUCAAUCAAUCUGGAUAAAGAACAGGAACAGGGAGUUGCUGAUACCUCAACCAAUUUAGAGAGAGAGCAGGGUCGUAGAGCGGAGACAACUGCCAUGAAAAUUCAAGAUCAACUCGAAGAGGCUCAGGGGUUGCUAAAAGCUACAGUUUCCACUGGACAGUCGAAAGAAGCCAGGUUAGCAAGGGUUUGUGCUGGACUUUCAUCCCGUCUUCAAGAAAUUAAGGCAGAAAAUGCACAGUUGGAAGAGCUUCUCAAUGCAGAGCAAGAGCUUACCAAGUCAUAUGAAGCUAGCAUUACACAGUUGCAAAAAGAUCUGUCAGCCUCUAAAAGUGAAGUGACUAAAGUAGAGUCAAGCAUGGUUGAGGCACUAGCAGCUAAGAACUCAGAGAUAGAAGCACUUGUCAGCGCAAUGGAUGCUCUGAAAAACCAGGCUGCUCUGAACGAAGGAAAAUUGUCGACUGUUCAGGCAGACAUGGAGUCUAUUAUGAGAAACAGAGAAUUGGCUGAGACUAGGAUGAUGCAGGCAUUGCGGGAGGAGCUUGCCACUACUGAAAGGAGAGCCGAAGAGGAGCAUUCUGCACAUAAUGCCACAAAAAUGGCUGCCAUGGAAAGAGAAAGGGAACUAGAGCACAGGGCUAUUGAUGCUUCCACAGCACUUGUUAGAGUUCAGAGAAUUGCUGAUGAAAGGACAGCGAAAGUGGCAGAACUUGAACAUAAAGUGGCAUUGCUUGAGGUUGAAUGUACCUCUCUGAAUCAAGAGCUGCAAGAUAUGGAAGUUCGUGCUCGCAGAGGACAAAAGAAGUCUCCGGAUGAAGCAAACCAAGUGAUCCAGAUUCAGGCAUGGCAGGAUGAAGUGGACCGUGCUCGGCAAGGUCAAAGAGAUGCCGAGGAGAAACUUUCUUCAAUGGAGGCUGAAAUGCAAAAGGUGAGGGUCGAAAUGGCAGCCAUGAAAAGGGAUGCCGAACAUUACUCACGCCAGGAGCAUACAGAGCUGGAGAAACGCUACCGUGAACUAACAGAUUUACUGUACUAUAAGCAAACGCAACUAGAGACUAUGGCGAGUGAGAAGGCUGCCGCAGAGUUUCAGUUGGAGAAAGAGGCCAAACGUCUACACGAAGCACAGGUAGAGGUAGAAAAAAGCAGAGUUUCACGACGCCCAUCCGCAGUUUGGGAAGAAGAUUCUGAGAUCAAGACACUUGAGCCUCUUCCAUUGUAUCACCGACACAUGGCUACAGCGAGCACACAGUUGCAAAACGCAGUGAAACUGUUAGACUCAGGAGCUGUAAGGGCCACAAGGUUCCUUUUUCGGUACCCAAUAGCCAGGAUUUUCCUACUCUUUUACCUUGUCUUUGUUCAUCUCUUCUUGAUGUAUCUAUUACACCGGCUCCAGGAGCAAGCCGAGGCCCAGGAAGUUGCUGAAAUGACCAACAACGUCUUCAGACCAUAA